AUGUCUAUUUUCCUGCCUUGUUUCUCUAAACACCAUUACCAUAUUAAUCUGCAUUUUAACUUCAAACUAAAACUUCCUUUAUUUUUCUUUCUCAUUUCUUUACCAGCUCUUUUCUUCAGUCCAGUUUCCUCCGCCGUCUACAGCGGCGCCGGCGGUCCUAACCAUGAAGCAGUUAUACUUUCCACAUGGGUUUUUGGUGGGGUUGCCGGAGAUGUCGCCGGAAUUAAAUCUUUUUUCCAAAGUUGGCAACUUUCCGGCGAAACAAAGAAUCCAUGCAAAUGGGCUUACAUUGUUUGUGACUUACAAGAUUUAGUGACUGAAAUAAAUAUUCAGUCAGUACCAUUACAGUUAUCUAUGCCCAGUAAUCUUUCAUCAUUUUCCCAUUUAAAAACACUAAGAAUAUCUGAUGCUAACCUCACCGGAGUUAUCUCCGGCGAGCUUGGUGACUGCCGGAAUCUUGUCACCAUUGAUUUAAGCUCAAAUGGUCUUGUGGGUAUCAUUCCAAAUUCAUUGGGUCAGCUUACAAACCUAAAAGACUUAAUCUUGAACUCAAACAAACUCACCGGAAAAAUCCCACCGGAGAUAGGAAGUUGCCGGAAUCUUGUCAAUCUUUACUUGUUUGACAACAGACUUUCCGGUGAAAUCCCACCGGAGUUGGGUCAGUUAAAAAAUCUUGAAGUUAUCAGGGCUGGUGGUAAUAAUGACCUCAGUGGUAAAAUCCCAGAUGAAAUUGGAGAAUGUAGUAACUUAACAUUUUUAGGCCUAGCUGAUACAAGGAUUUCAGGUUCAAUUCCUAGCUCAUUUGGUAAUCUUAUAAAGCUUCAAACUUUAUCUAUAUAUACUGCUAUGUUAUCUGGUGAGUUGCCAAAAGAGUUAGGUGGUUGUGUAGAGCUAGUAAACUUGUUUUUGUAUGAAAAUAGUCUUUCUGGCCAGAUCAUUCCAGAGGUAGGAAAGUUGAAAAAACUCGAAAAGUUGCUGUUAUGGCAAAACAAUUUUGUUGGAUCAAUCCCUGAAGAGAUAGGAAACUGUACUAAGUUGAAAAUGUUUGAUGUGUCUUUAAAUUCUUUAUCUGGGAUAAUUCCGAAUUCGGUAGGGAAUCUUGUGGAGUUAGAAGAGUUUAUGAUUAGUAAUAAUAAUGUGUCUGGUUCAAUACCAAUUGUGCUUGCAAAUGCUGUUAAUUUACAACAAUUGCAGCUUGAUACUAAUCAGAUUUCGGGGUUGAUUCCGUAUGAGCUAGGGAUGUUGGUAAAUCUUGAAGUGUUUUUCGCUUGGGAUAAUAAUCUUGAAGGAAGUAUUCCUUCGAGUUUAGGAAGUUGUAGCAAUCUCCAAGCUUUAGACUUAUCGCAUAAUUCACUAACUGGUAGUAUUCCAUUAGAGCUGUUUCAGUUACAGAACCUUACCAAGUUGCUUCUUAUUUCCAAUGAUAUCUCGGGUUCCUUACCACCAGAGAUUGGAAGUGCUAGCUCUUUAGUGAGGUUGAGAUUGGGUGGUAACCGAAUCACGGGUCAAAUCCCAAAGGAAAUUGGGGGUUUGAAAAGCAUAAACUUUCUUGAUUUGUCUGGAAACCGGUUAUCUGGUGUGGUUCCUAAUGAGAUUUCUAGUUGUACCGAGUUAGAAAUGGUGGAUCUUAGCAACAACACGUUAGAAGGCCCGUUACCUGGUUCUUUGUCAUCUUUAUCAGGCCUCCAAGUCUUGGAUGUUUCAAGAAACCGUUUUAAUGGUCCCAUUCCGGCUAGUUUGGGGCGGCUCGUGUCACUAAACAAACUCAUUUUGGCUCAAAAUGAGUUUUCUGGAGCGAUCCCUGCUUCGCUUCAACUUUGCUCAGGUUUACAAUUUCUAGACCUGAGUAGUAACAAACUAUCGGGCAAAAUACCAGCUGAAUUAGGAAAUAUCCAGUCACUCGAGAUUGCAUUGAACUUGAGUUGUAAUGGGCUAUCUGGGCCUAUCCCAGCUCAAAUAGCUACACUCACCAAGCUUUCGAUUCUUGACAUGUCAUACAACAAGCUUGAUGGAAACUUGAGCCCACUUUCACACCUUGACAACCUUGUGUCAUUGAACAUCUCAUAUAACAACUUUACAGGAUAUCUACCUGACAACAAGCUUUUCAGGCAAUUAUCUGAGGCAGAUUUGGCUGGGAAUCGAGGUUUGUGUUCGAUUGGUAAAGAUUCGUGCUUUUUGAGUAAUGUGGCAGAAUCAGGAAAUGGGAAAGACGAGUAUAAGUCUAGAAACACCAAAAGGCUAAGACUUGCACUUGCAUUACUUAUAACUUUGACAAUUGCUAUGAUGAUCAUGGGUGUGACUGCAGUUUUAAGGGCAAGAAGAAGAAUCAAGGGUGAUGAUGAAUCCGAGCUAGGUGAAUCAUGGCCAUGGCAGUUUACUCCAUUUCAGAAGCUUAAUAUUUCAGUUGAACGUAUCUUGAAAUGUUUAGUGGACACGAAUGUAAUUGGAAAAGGGUGUUCUGGGGUUGUGUAUCGGGCCGAUAUGGACAAUGGUGAAACCAUAGCUGUGAAAAAGCUAUGGCCAUCAAUGACAGUUAAUGGAGCUUAUGAAGGUGAGAAAUGUGCAGUACGAGAUUCGUUUUCAGCGGAAGUAAAAACUUUGGGCUCAGUUAGACACAAGAACAUCGUCCGCUUUCUUGGUUGUUGUUGGAACAAGAAAACACGGCUGCUGAUGUACGAUUACAUGCCAAACGGAAGUCUUGGUAGUCUACUUCAUGAAAGAAUUGGAAGCUCAUUAGAGUGGGAGUUGAGGUACCAAAUCUUGCUAGGGGCUGCAGAAGGGCUCUCUUACCUGCACCACGAUUGUGUUCCUCCAAUCGUUCAUCGAGAUAUCAAGGCUAAUAACAUUCUCAUUGGACUUGAAUUCGAGCCUUACAUUGCAGAUUUUGGCCUUGCAAAGCUAGUUGAUGAUGGUGAUUUUGCUAGAUCCUCCAACACAAUUGCGGGUUCAUAUGGAUAUAUUGCUCCUGAAUACGGCUACUCCAUGAAAAUCACGGAAAAAAGCGAUGUCUAUAGCUACGGAGUAGUAAUGCUAGAAGUCCUAACCGGAAAACAACCUAUCGACCCAACAAUCCCAGACGGGUUACACGUUGUAGAUUGGGUAAAACAACGAAAAGGAUGGACUGAAGUACUCGACCCCUCGUUAUUAGGCCGACCAGAAUCUGAUAUAGAAGAAAUGAUGCAAGCAUUAGGGGUAGCACUACUAUGCAUCAAUUCAUUGCCUGAAGAAAGGCCAACAAUGAAAGAUGUGGCAGCAAUGUUGAAAGAAAUCAAACACGAAAGAGAAGAGUACGCGAAAGUUGACGCCCUUUUGAAGGGCUCCCCAGAGAAACCCGCCACCAUUCCGUCGUCAUCCGCGGCUGCCGGUGGCGGAAAUAGCUUUUCUGCUUCGUCAUUGCUUUACUCAUCUUCUACUUCUUCUAGAGUUCCAUACAAGUGAAUAAUUAAGGUUGUUCCAUAUGUGGUUUC